GGACUUUGCGAAAGCGCUGCACAACGUCACAGUGAAUUCAGUAGUAGGAGCGGCGCAUAUCUUCAAGUCAAAACUUUACCACCGGAAUUCACGCCGCCUCCACCACCUCGCCAUGUCCGACCUACCAGAUUUUGAAAGCGAAGUCCACAUCGCCGUCAUCGGCGGCACCGGCCUCCAAAAACUCGAAGGUUACACUCCCAUCGCCUCCCUGGACAUCACCACUCCCUGGGGCGCACCUUCCUCUCCCAUCACGAUCCUCUCCCACAACGGCACCGCCAUCGCCUUCCUCUCCCGCCACGGCACCCACCACUCCCUCGCCCCUCACGAAGUCCCCAACCGCGCCAACAUUGCGGCUCUUCGCUCCCUCGGCGUCCGCUGCGUCAUCGCUUUCUCCGCCGUCGGCUCGCUGCAGGUGGAGAUCAAGCCCCGCGACUUCGUCGUCCCGGACCAGGUCAUCGAUCGCACCAAGGGCGUGCGCCCAUUCACAUUCUUCGAGGGCGGGAUUGUCGGACACGUCGGGUUUGCGGACCCCUUCGAUGAGGAGGUCGCUAAGGUCGUGAGGCGAUGCGGACAUGCGCUUGAGGGCGAGGGUGUCAGGAUGCACGAUAAGGGCACCAUUAUUUGCAUGGAGGGACCACAAUUCUCUACCCGCGCAGAGUCGAACAUGUACCGCGCAUGGGGCGGAUCCGUCAUCAACAUGUCCGCCUUGCCCGAGGCCAAGCUGGCUCGCGAGGCCGAGAUGGCAUACCAGAUGAUCUGCAUGGCGACCGACUACGACUGCUGGCACAGCAGCGAGGAUGUUGAUGUUGCGAUGGUGAUGGGCCACAUGGCUGCUAACGGCACGAACGCUAGGCACCUUGUCGGCGCUGUUUUAGACGAGCUUUGCAAGCUAGAGAACACGGAUGUAGUCAGGGCGAAGCACUGGGAAGGCAUGACGACUCCGGCUGUGAAAUGGAUCACAAAGCCCGAGGGGAGAGGAGCAGAGGCCGUGAAGAAGGUCGAGUGGUUAUUCCCUGGCAUCUUUGAUAACUAAAAUAUACAGUUUGGAGUUCUUAAAUAGACAUAGCCGGGAAUUGGGGAUAGAUACCUAUUAGAUAGAGUAUGCAAUUGGGUUGAAUAAGCAUCAACUGCUUUUCACGGUUUUCACGGGGACAAGAUAUAGUGGGAAGAGUGAAGGAAGUUUAUAUUCAUGAACCU